GCGCCGAGCGGGACCUGCCCGGGUGGGAGCGGCCGCCCCGCCCGCGGCUGCUUCGCCGCUGAAUUUGCUCCGGCCCCUGCCUCGUUUCGCUCGCACCGAGAACUUUGUUUACAGUCCCUUGUGCAGCGAGCUGCAUCCCCCUCUUAGGCUCGCUGCGGGCUCCUGGCCGCUGCAGUUCUUGCCCGGCGGUCGAGAGGAAACCUCCAUAUUAGAACAUCGUCACCUCCGAUUCAUCAUUCAGCAACAUCUGACACUGCAAAGCCUGAAACAGCUCUUUCUGCUGCCUGACUCUGCCUGGAAUUGACAGACAAGACAUCUUAAGAUGUCUUUCUCUGCUUGCUGAAACCAGGGAUUUGUUGUGAUGGAUUUCUCAUGGACCUGUGCAAUGUGUGUUCAGCAGAGCCUGCUCUAGCCUAAGAACCAACCAAGUCAAGAGAAUCAAGAUGACAAACGAACCUAUUAAAGAGAUCCUGGGCACUCCAAAGCAUCCUGAGCCUGUAACCACGGAGAAAAGUAAUAACAAUGACUGCGUGAUAACCACCAUCCCCCUUGUUAGCGAAUGCCAGCUGACUGCAGCCACAGGGGGAGCAGAACUCUCCUGCUACCGCUGCACCAUUCCCUUCGGCGUGGUUAUCCUCAUAGCCGGCAUCGUGGUUACUGCUGUGGCAUACAGCUUCAAUUCCCAUGGAUCAAUCAUCUCAGUGUUUGGACUAGUCCUCUUGUCAUCAGGACUCCUUUUGUUGGCUUCUAGUGCAGUGUGCUGGAAAAUCAGGCAGCAAAACAAGAAAGCAAAGAGGCGGGAGAGCCAGACAGCACUUGUGGCACAUCAGCGAACCUUGUUUGGUUAAAGACAACCAAGAGAAGGCUGGACAGAAGAUAGAGCCUUUGGAAUUUUGCAGGCAGCCAAGGAGAGAAUUUCUGGGUCUGUAGAGAAGCAGUGAUUUCCAGUACGCAUGUGUAGCAGCUCAGCCUGAUGAUUCCCAGGCUGAGCCAAGAGCAGAAGCAGGCCUCUUGCCCUCUUCAGAAGUUUUUCCCAUGCAUGGGUCCUCCCUUCGUCAUUGCUGUGAUGCCAACAAGCUUGCAUGUGGUGGGCAGCAUGUAGAAAGAAAGUAGAGGUACAAGAUGAGGCUCUGCUCCAAGUCAAAUGAAAACAGAGGCAACCAGUUUACGACAGCAAGUUUGCAGGAGUAGGACUGAGUAAGCAUUGCUCUGCUACUACUAGAGGAGAUUUCCUUUCCCAUAUCUUUGCUCUUUUUAUAUAUGGGACUGCCUUAGCACAGACUGCUGCGCUCAGUAGCAUUGGCUGUAUCCUAGUGAGACAAGGUACGUGCACAAGAAUCUUCAUAUCAAGCCGUUGGUGAAAGUCUGUACAGGAAUUCACUUGUAUCUGUAUUCAGAGAAGUAAAAUGGUAACUUUGUGGGGAAGGGUCCCAGUACCUGGUCCUGGUGUCCUGCAGGAGCAAGGCAGAGUUUAUAAACAGUUCAGUGUGACAUCUCAUGUGCUGUUGAAGAUGUUUUUGCAUGUUUCAUCGCUGAAUUGGCUCAUAGAAUUGGAAACCGGCAGAGACUUCUCCACCUUAGUUUGUGUCUUUGAUUUUGGGCUAAUCUGAAGUUGUUAUUGGCAACUUAAUGGCCAAUGAUGACACCCAACAUGAGUCUCACAAUCUGUAUUUUUCUUUCCUUCCUGUAUUCGAUAUAUUACAGACAUUUUCAUUGUUAUCACUUGUCUCCCUGCACCCUUUUGCACCCUUAAAAAACAAUCAUACUGGGAGAGGUGCUACAAGAGUACAGUGUGUCAGGCUUAGCACCUUCAUCUUACCAGGAAAUGGUGAUACUGCUAGAUCUGAAAUGUUUUUACAAGGGCAAACAGGCCAAUGAUUUCACAACGGUCAACACCUUCCCCACUCCCCCCCCAAAACUGGUCAGCUACAAACACAAAAGUUCUGCUUUAAUUUUGUAGCCUCAUGACCUACCCUGGGUAGGUUUGGGGUUUCAUGCCCGGAUGCUGCGUCAUGCAAUCCAAGUCUUUGAUGUAAAGCCAUUUGGAACUCCACGAUUGCUGCCUGGUGUUUAUCGUGGGAACCCAAAAGACGAAAGUCAGCCUGGAGGAUGCAACCCUGUGGAGAUCACAAUGACUUUCCAGUACAGAAACACCUUCCCUUCUGGUGUGAAAAGGCUUUGAAUGCAACAAAUGGUAUUUCAGAUGUGGGAGAGGUUGGGUGGGAGCUGAUGCAAAUUUUAUUGUCACAAUUGCUUGUCUCUCCCUUCCUGAAAGCUCCAGCAGCAUUGCGUAAGAAAAAUUGCCCUCACAAGGAUAGAAAAUUAUCUAAUAGGGGAAUUGCAGUGGUGUACCGGGCAAAUGUUACAGGGAUCUUAAAUAAUAAUUUCAAAACCUAAGCACAGGAAAUUGUGUCUGUAACUACACCCUGUAUUGCUAUUGUACACAAAGCCGGUUAUAGCCUGGGACAGAAUUUUAAAAUAAUAAUCAGUUUAGUAUGACAAUGCUUAAUAUUAUUUCUAGUCCAAACGCCCAAUUUACGAGUCCCUAGCCGCAUAACAGGUUAUGUUUUGUAUGUCACAGUAGUUCUAAUACCAUAACUUGCCAGGUUAAAAACAAAAAAAACAAACAAAAAAAUGCAAAAAGAGAGAGAGAGGUUAAUUUCUGGACUUGUGUCUAGAAAAAUUUCACUGCCUUAGACACUUGGGAGAGCUCCUGUUAUCAAAUAACAAAUGUACAGCAUUAUUGCAGCUCUACAGCAUAGGAACCAGGCUCAGAGUAGUAAAAGAAGAAAGGCCUGAGGGUCUCAGCAAGAUCCCAAAGACUCAGGCCGGGAACCAGCUCUCUGGAAUACUCUGUAUUCUUGCCUCACCUUCGCUUAUUUAGAGCCAAAGUCCAGGGCUACUGCUCUUUUUAUAUCGGAGAUGGAGGUGGUCACAUAGGUAUUGGCAUGUUUCACCUAAUUUGUUUUUGCAAUGAGUUCCGAAAUAAGAAGAGCAGAACAAUAUUGACAGCCAUCAUUUUGCAUAUGCAUUUCCAAUACUUCUGAUGCCUUUAGACUGUAGGAUGUUUUAGCUAUCUCAGUAUAAUCUCUGGCAGUUACAAAGGGCUUUUAUAGGUAAAAGUACAUUAACAAAUAAAGAACUGCACUGCAUGAUGUAAAACUGUUGUAAAAACUGGUAAAACUUUAUGGUAGACUAAAUCUUACAGGCUAAAAUAUAUGGAGAACAAUGGUCUUAAACUGCAGAAUCGACUUGAAUUGUUGGCUUUUAUUCAGGUUGUUGAUGUCACUAUUAACAUGACAGAGGACCUAAUCCUUCCUCUUGUGAGCAGCCAGUUGGAGGCUAUUGUCCUAACUGUGUGCAUCCAAAGAUUUGCAUUUGUGACAAACAUGGCAUUUUUGAAAAACACUUUUUUGGAUUAACUGCUUUCACUUCUUAACUGUUCUGCGCUCUCUAGACUAAGAGAAAAUAGUACUAAGCUUCAAAAACAGAGAGGAAAAGACAAAAGAAAGAGAAGAACACAUCACAGCAAAUGUUGGACACUGCAUAGAGUCAUGCAGGGAUAGCAGAACUUCACACAAGUGCCUUUUUGAAAGACAGAAACUUUUUAAAAAUAUGUAAGUCUUGUUUGUUACGUUCUUGGCUGUAUACUUGGUUUCAUUCUUAUAAAAUGCUUAAAGACCCCAGAUUAGCAUCA